AUGGAGCCGAGCCCAAUCAGUGCCUCGCUGGGCGCCAUGGGCUCGCUCCCACGGAAGCUCGACGAGCUCCUGGCGACCGGGCACUGGGCACUGAAGGGGGCCGUCACGGAUGAGAUCGAGCAGCUGGCAGCCGAUCUCCACACUCUGCACGAGCUCCUUGUGAAGCUCUUGAAUGCUCAGGACCCUCCCCUGGCGGCGAGGUACUGGAUGAAGGAGGUGCGGGAGCUGUCCUACGACAUGGUGGACUGCGCGGAUCAGUUCGUCCGCGCUGACGGCCGCGCCAAGAUCCGCAGAGCUGCUCGCCGGAAGACUAUCACCCGGUUGAAGCUCAGCCGCCUUCCGGAGAGGUGGAGGUGGCGCCGGUGGAUCGCGGACAAGGUCUCAGAAUUUAGGAGUCGAGCGCAGGAGGCGACCCAUCGGUACUGGAGGUAUAAGCUUUAUGAUUGCGCCUCAGAUCCUGGAAACUCUGGUGUGGGCAGCCCUGAGCUUCCGGUUGUUUCGCUGGAUACGGGUGAUCUAGUUGGCAUAGAAGGCCCAGUGGAUGAGCUUCGCCGGUACUUGAUUGACGGAGAAGAGGAGCUCAAGGUAGUGUCGAUUUUUGGUGUGGGAGGAAUCGGCAAGACCACUCUUGCACAAAAAUUAUGGGGUAUGCUCCGCGGACAGUUCGAGUGCCGGGCAUUUGUGCGGACAGCCCGAAAGCCCGAUAUGAGGGGAAUCAUCAGGAGCAUACUCUCGCAAGUCCGUCAGCACCAGCCGCCGGACCCUGGCGAGAUGGCCCACCUGAUCCGUGAUCUCAGGGAAUAUCUACGUGAUAAGAGGUACUUUAUUAUAAUUGAUGACUUAUGGGCUACAUCAGUAUGGGAUGUUUUAAGUCGUGCUUUCCCAGAGGGUAAUUGUUGCAGCAGAAUAAUAACUACAACAGAAACUAUGGAAGUAGCUAUGGCAUGCUGUGGUUUUUGCCCUAAGCAUAUUUUUAAAAUGGAAUCUCUUAGUGAUGAUGACUCGGAGAAAUUAUUACUCCAAAGAGUUCUUGCCUCAGGGGUUCAACAAUUUGAUAAUGUUCUACCCCAGAUUAAGAGAAAUUGUGGUGGCUUGCCAUUAGCAAUCAUCAUUGCAGCCAGCCUUUUGGCAAGCCAACCUGAGAAAUUAGAGCAAUUGGGAUGUAUGCAGAAUUCUUUUGGGGCAAACCAUACCAUGGAUGGAUUUAUGGGGCAAAUAUUAAACAUGAGUCUAAGUAGUCUUCCACAUUAUUUAAAGACAUGUCUGCUUUACCUUAGUAUCUGUCCAGAGGGCUGCCAAUUCUUGAAAGGUGAUUUGGUAAAGCAAUGGGUAGCUGAGGGCUUCAUAUGUGCAAAAGAAGGGGAAGACAUGGAGGAAGUUGCCGGGAGCUAUUUUGAUGAGCUUGUCAGUACAGGCCUGAUCCAAGCUAUGGAUAUCAACUAUAAUUAUGAGGUUUUGUCUUAUUCAGUGCAUCACAUGGUACUUGAUCUCAUUACAUACAAGUCCAUUGAAGAGAAUUCUAUCACUCUAGUCGAUUUUUCUCAAAUGGCAAUACCGGUUACUGAUAAAGUUCGUCGAUUGUCGCUCCACUUUGGUAGUGCAACAUAUGCAACCAUGCCAUCAAGUGUCGGAUUAUCACAAGUUCGAUCACUCUUCUUUUCUGGCUUGUUUAACUGUGUGCCUUCAUUCAUGGUGUUUAAGCUUCUUCGAGUUCUAAUUCUUCAUUUUUGGGGUGACAUUGGAAACACGAGUUUCAGCCUUGAAGGAAUUUGUGAACUGUUUUGGUUGAGAUAUUUGCAGGUCACAUGUAAUGUCACUGUAAAGCUUCCAGAUGAGAUUGAACCGAUGAAACACUUGGAAACACUGGAAAUAAAUGCAGAAGUAUGUGCUGUUCCACCGGACAUUGUUCGACUUUCUAACUUGUUGCAUCUCCGUCUUGGAAGUGGGACAAAUCUACCCGACGGGGUUGGGUGCAUGAGGUCUCUACGUACACUCAUGUAUUUUGACCUUGGCAGUAGCUCUGAAGACAAUCUAUGGGGCCUUGGCGAUCUUACAAACCUGCGGGAUCUUCAUCUCACCUAUUCUUUGUCACUAUCUGGUGAACAUUUGAAGGAAAAACUGAUAGCUCUGGCUACAUCACUUGGGAAACUGGGUAACCUCAAAUCUUUCACGUUGGCUUCUGGUACUGCUGGCACGGCUGUUCUUUUUGAUGGCUCGAGGAGCAUGUACUCUACUCCUGUCUUUCUCGAGAGGCUUGAGUUGUUACCAUCGAUAUGCGCCUUUUCUAGAUUUCCCAAGUGGAUCGGAUAA